AUGACUCUCCCAGUCUCUAAUCGGGGUCCUGAGCUCCUCGCAGUCGAUGUUUUCUUUAUGUCAACGGCAAUAAUAGCAACUUCAUUAAGAUGUUAUGUGCGUGUCGACAUGGUCAAGGCUUUUGGGCUUGACGACUGGCUCAUGGUUUUUGCGAUGCUGUCCUUCAUCUCGUACUGUUCAUUCUCAAUAGCAGGCGUUCACUAUGGAACCGGCCAUCAUCGUGCGGAUCUGCUGGCUAAGAGUGAUGAGAUCGCCACCAAGUGCUGGUGGUUCUGUUUCCUUUUUUAUUGCAUAACCAUGAUCAGCUCUAAAGUCUCCAUUGGAUUCUUCCUCCUCCGAGUCACGGUGAAGAAAAUCCACGCCUGGAUCAUUUAUGUCGCAAUGUCCAUCUCAAUUCUCGCUGGAGUUGUAUUUUUCUUCGUCUGUCUUUUCCAAUGCACUCCAGUUUCCCACUUCUGGAAGCGAGAUCAACCGGGAAAAUGCAUAAACAUCAAUGCCAUUAUUGGCCUCUCCUAUCUUUACAGCAUAUUUAGCAUUGUUUCCGAUUUCACCUUUGCCAUUUUGCCUGGGUUUCUCAUUUGGGGUCUUCAGUUGAAGCGGCGGACGAAGCUGGCGCUCAUACCCCUACUUGCUAUGGGUUGCAUCGCGAGUUCUGCCGUAGUCGUCCGCCUCGCCUACCUCAAAAACUUCCGUGAUCCCGAUUUCCUAUGGGCAACCCUCGAUAUCGCCAUCUGGUCUACCGUCGAACAAGGACUUGCUAUCACAGCUGGCUCACUUGCCACACUCCGUCCCCUCAUGCAACUCGUAACCCACGGACUAGGCCUCUCAACCGGUCCAUCCCGAAUGCGUCCCUCGGGCUAUGGC